GCAGGUUUCUUUUAGCUUAUUUCUUAAGAAAACAAUUGUUUUUUUUUUUUUCUAUAAAAAAGAAGUUAUGAAAAAAUUAUAUUGUUUAAAAUAAGUUAAUUCAAACACGCACUCAGACUAUAGACCAAAGCUAGAUUAUUUUUCUUUUGCAGGAGUAACUAGGAAAUUUAGGUCCUAACGAGGGAAAUUGGGCAAGAGUAACAGAACAAAUAACUUAGGACUUAAUUGGUUGACCUGGACAAAUUUCGUUUCAAGUGAGCAAGCAGACUCAUAAGGGCAUGUCAUAAUAAAAAACUGAAGUAUCGAAGAAAACUAAUUGAAGUUAUUAUGAUUUGUAUACGCUGCAUAAGUCAAUUUAACAAUCCAAAAUUUUCUACAAGUCACUAUUACUGUCACUUUCUUUGAAUGGAUUUUCUACAUUACAAAUUUUGUACUAGAUUUGAGUCACAUACUGUGUUUCUCUCUUUCAAGCGUUUCCCAAGGUUAACAUUGUUGCAGACAUUUUCUUUGCGCUCUCUGAAUGGCUUACCUGCUUAUUCAGAUAAUCCUCUUGAUACUGAUUCAGAUACCUCCUUUUUUAAGCUCCUACGAUUAUUAUAGAGGCUGUGCUAAUCUGUUAACUUGUGGGGAUAUAACAAACAUUGGUUUUCCCUUCUGGGGAGACAACCGUCCAAAGGAGUGUGGCCACCCUCUGUUGCAACUGACCUGUCUUAAAAACAUAAGCUACAUAACCAUCAAAGAUGUCAAGUACCAGGUUUUGGAGGCCAACCCGGAUGAACAUACUUUGAAAAUUACCAGAGUGGACUACUUGCAAAACUUUUGCCCAUCAAAACUUGUCAACACCACCCUUGACACUGAGCUCUUUGUUUAUGGGUCAGACUACCAGAACAUUACCCUCUUCUAUGGUUGUGCUGCUUCAAGUGCUUUCCGCUCCCCCACUGGAUUUCUUCCUUGUGUCUCUCUUGAUGAAGGUGCUUAUACUCAGUUCGGGUCUCUAGGUCCUCCUGUAUUUUGCAAACAAAGUGUGGUUGUUCCAGUUUGUGUGUUUUCGAUUGAUAUUAAGGAUUUCAUCAAAAUACAAGGGGCAAUCAAGGAUGGAUUUCUAGUGAGAUGGAUAGCAGGUAUUGAAGAAUGUGAAAAAUGUAAAAAAUCAGGUGGAGUUUGUGGUUAUGACAUGGUUUCAAAGCAACCAAUCUGCUACUACUGCAAAGAUCAAUCUUGUUCUAAUUACUUACCAGGUGCCAAAGUACCUCCACAUUCAGGUAAAAGCAGUAGCAGCAAAGUAGCUAUUGGAAUAGGCGUUGCUGGUGGAGUUGCAGCCCUUGUUGUUGGCAUUCUUGGCUGUCUGUACUUUGUGAGGCAACGAAGGAAAAAAAUUGUGGAGCAAUCAAGUGGCAAGGACUUCUUCGUGCCUCCUGUAAGCGGAGACGCUGUUACCUCUACAACUGUUACGUCUCAAAGUGUCUCUUCUUACACUUCUUCAAAGACUGGCUCGGUGCCACCAAAGAGUUUCUACUUUGGUGUCCAGGUGUUUACCUAUGAAGAAUUGGAGGAAGCUACCAAAAAUUUUCACCCUUCUAAUGAACUUGGUGAGGGAGGUUUUGGCACUGUUUACAAAGGUGAACUCCAAGAUGGACGUGUCGUUGCCGUGAAACGCCAUUAUGAAAGCAACUUUAAACGUGUUGAGCAGUUCAUGAAUGAAGUUCAAAUCCUAGCCCGCCUUCGGCAUAAGAACCUGGUGACACUCUUUGGAUGCACCUCAAGACAUAGCCGAGAACUUCUCCUUGUUUAUGAAUUCAUAUCUAAUGGAACAGUGGCUGAUCAUCUUCAAGGAAAAAGAUCACAAUCCAAUUUUGUCCCGUGGCAUGUAAGAUUGAACAUUGCAGUUGAAACAGCUGAGGCACUAGCCUACCUGCACGCAUCAGAUGUCAUACACCGUGAUGUUAAAUCCAACAACAUUCUCCUAGAUGAUGAAUUUCGCGUGAAGGUUGCUGAUUUUGGUCUCUCGCGGUUGUUCCCAAAUGAUGUCACGCAUGUGUCAACUGCUCCACAAGGAACUCCUGGUUAUGUUGACCCUGAGUAUUAUCAAGUCUACCAACUAACAGAUAAAAGUGAUGUUUAUAGCUUCGGAGUAGUCUUAGUUGAGCUUAUAUCAUCAUUACAACCUGUGGACAUCAACCGGCAUCGCAAUGAUGUGAACUUGGCUAACAUGGCCAUCAGUAAAAUUCAGAGCCAAGAGUUGCAUGAGUUGGUUGAUCCAUAUCUUGGAUUUGAAAAAGACUAUGCUAUAAGGCGGAUGACAACAGGAGUUGCAGAAUUGGCUUUUAGGUGUUUGCAGCAGCAGAGAGAGAUGAGACCCUCCAUGGAUGAGGUGCUGGAGAUCUUGAGAGGAAUCAAGAGUGAUGAGCUUGGUGCACGGGAAGCUGAAGUAGUUGAUGUUAGGACAGAUGAAGUUAUACUCUUGAACAAGGUUCCUUCGCCGUUUUCACCAGAUUCGGUUGUUGAUAAAUGGGUUAGCGGCUCCUCUGCAACUGAUUCCUUAUAGCUUCUAAGAUAUCAUUUUCUUUUGGUGAAGACCUACUAGAAUAGACAGUAAAAAUACGGUACUGGUUUUAAUGAGCUAGAUCAUAAGUCAUAGCCUUCCCAUAUCUCUAAAAUAUUAUCUUUUAAACUUUAAUUUGCGGCUUGUAUGUUAUGAUGUUGAUAGUGGUGGC